AGCGAGCAACGCGGCGGGCAUCUAGUGAAGGAGGCAUUGUUUAAAACAUGCGUAAAAUGUUUCCCCCAUGUAUCUCGCCGUGUUUGUUGGUUCUUCAUUCUAUGCUGUGGCUCUCGUCUUGUUUUUGUGAAGGCCUUUUGUGAAAUGAACAUUUGCUCGCGGGCAGCGCAUGUGACCCACAGCCCGUAGCCCCGGCAUUUCGGCAUUUGUGGAAACGCCGUGUCGCUGUCAUGGGGUAAUGGUUUCACGCACUUGAUCCUUGCAACGGGCGCGGUACGAAAUAUGCCCAGAGGCAGCAUAAAAAUGGCGCCUCCGAACUAACGUUCGUAGGCCAGCUCCAGCUGAGGCAAGUACCUGUACAGCUCCACAGCAGGAUGCAACGGCAUCGCCUAAAUCACAUCUGGCAGCUGCUGCUACCAUUGCUGCUGAAAGCACAGUACCAUCCAUAACCAAUGAUCUUUAAACCAGGACCCGUAAAUUGGAUCAAGGCACUGCUUCAGGUCCACAAUUGAAUGUACCAGCCUCUCCUGGCCCAUUUCCUGCAGGCCUGGAGACCACUAGAACCCCACACACUGGCCAUUUGGCACUCUCCUGCAGCCAAGCUAUGCUGCUAUUACCACAGGGUGUGCGUGCAAAGGUGAACAAGCAGCAUGGUACUCCCGACGUGGGCCCUGUUCCAAAGUGCAUCAUGCAACAACGCAAGAGUAUCACAAACGAACAGUUGGUUUCAAAGUUAAGAAGCAAGCACAGGCACCGUGGCUGUGAUACGGUUAUGGCCAUUAAUGAAGCUGGUUCCCAGUUUCGUCUGCCAGGGUUUCCCAGAAGCGACGCAGCCGAUAUCUUGAAUCUUGGGCUUCCAUUCCUUCUGGCGUCGCAGCAAGCCAAUGAAAAAUUGUCAUUAAAGAAAGGAGAUGAAGUCUUGUCCUUUGGAAAGACAAAUGUAAAGCAACAGGACAUCAUUUCAUCGGAGGUGCAUGCAUCGGCUGCUGAAAAUAAAGGUUCCACCACUUCUGUGGACCCUCACUUCUACACAGGGCAUAAAAAAAAUGGAAAGCCACAUAGUUACAGUCCUCAAUUUUCAAGGGUUCAGGAAGCCUUAACAACAAAGGUUUGUGCAGCUUUGCCUUGUGACACUGGGAUUGUUGCGCCUGUGCGCAAUCUUGUCGUUGAACUGGACAAGCUAACCGCAGAGGAAAUCUCUGCCUUCACUUCUCAUCAGCAUCCAUCACCUGUCCACAACAGAAUGGCACAGAAAUCCAAAGAUGUUGGAUGCUGCUCUCAAGUGACAGAACGGCCAGCGCCAGUGCACGCCGCCCGUACCUCUGGCCCUGGGCAAUCCCAGAAACAGCCCUUGGUCCAUUCACGUCGCUUGCAAGAUACUGCUGACUUCAAAAGCGAUGCAGUGGACAUAGAAGAACCUGCACUUCACAAGCAGCCCCGGCAAAAUGAUUCCCAGCUGUCUGACCAAGAUGAGCAUUCACCAUCGCUGCUUGAAUCGAUGCAAAGUGGAUGUCGGAAAACACUGCCAAGCACAUUGCAAGAAUCCUCUGAUGUCACGUUUAAGAAGUGCAUAAGUGUCAGAUUUUCAAAUAUUGUACAAAAGAAAACUGCUGACUUGCCUACAGACAAACAUUUGCUACCAGCUCCUACUGCGUCUGAAAAGACUUCGCAAGUGCCAUGCCGCGAGCCAUCACUCCUAGGUGUCGGAAAUUUGGUAGAGCCUCGAUUGUCCGAGGCCAGAGGCUCGGGCUCGCAGGAUUCACCGGGAGGUGCUGAAAGGCACAUCAUCCGGUCAGUCAGUCCCGACACUCUGCCGCCGCUGAAGAAGCACAGGGUGCGGUUCACAGCUCUGCAAGAAGAGGCACUUGUAUACGGUGUUAUGAAGUACGGCCGAGGAAGCUGGAAGGAAAUCAGCGACGAUGGCUGGUUCGACGGGCGCCACACAACCGAUCUCCACGACAAGUAUAGGAAUUUGGAAAAGUAUGGCCAUCUUCCAAACGUCAAGAGACGAGUGAAGGACAUGCUGAACGCUGGAGUGAAUCCCCUGAAGAAACUACGUGCCCUGUACAAGCAGCAGCAAGCAAAGUCACCGAUAGCAGCGGAGCCGCUACAUGGCGAGCGAAGCUCUGUGAGCCAGCGGCAGGAGCCACAAACAGCUUUUCUGUCAGUCAGGGGUCCUGAAAGGGCCAGUGCAGCUCCAUCUUCGGACGAUGACUCUCUGGAGCCAUUCCAGCAUCAAACAGAGGCUCGAGAGGCUACCAGCUCGCCGAAGACAGCUUGCAGCAGCGCCGACAGACCAUCUGCAUCAGGAGCGCAUCCCUCUGCACUGGGAAGAUGGAGUUCAGAUACUGAGUCAGAUGCGUCACAAAAAAGUGUUCCGACCAAGUUCAAGCAGAAGCGGCGGAGAAUGCCCUUCACGCCGCUUGAAGAGGAGGCGCUUGUGGCUGGCGUUCUGAAGUUCGGCAAGGGGAACUGGAUGCGUAUACUGAACGAAGGUGGCUUCCUUGGGAGGACAGGCACACAGUUGAGCGACAAGUAUCGGAACUUGAAGCUGUAUCGCCAGCUGGAGGCAGUCGAGAAGGCUGUGAAGACUAGGUGCGCUAGGGGCGAGGACCCUUUGGAAGAACUUCGCAAACUAUCUGCCACUCACUGGAAGCGCUGACAGUAGGUUUUGCAGGCAGAUUUAUAUCUUUAAAAUUUUUUUUUUUUAAUUGAGCUUUCAUUACCUGAAUAAAUGUUUUGAGACCUCA